CAGACAGUGUUCAGCUGCAGACUGUGGACUCUCAGUAAACACUGAUAGUUAGUCAUUAACACAGCAGACACAGACUGCACCAUCGUCUCUGUCCGCAGCUUCCAAUCUUCACAUCCUCUCCAGACUUCAACUUCGGUUUGACCAACAUGUCCCGCCUCGUCCUGUGCGCGUCCGUCAUCGUGGCUCUGUGGUCGGCGUCCGUGCUCAGUAUGGCAGUGUUCACGGACGCUCCGCAGGCUCACAUGCUGCUCCGGUCUCGUCGGGCGAACUCGUUCUUGGAGGAGCUGAAACCUCCGUCCAUGGAGCGCGAGUGUGUGGAGGAAAGGUGUGACUUUGAAGAAGCCAGAGAGAUUUUCCAAACCAGGGAAGCCACACUGGAGUUCUGGACGGUGUACACGGAUGGGAACCAGUGUCAGUCCAACAUGUGUGGUCAUGGAUAUUGUGUGGAUCAAUACCAAACAUACAUCUGCCGAUGUAACCAGGGAUACGAGGGAAAAUACUGCACAGAACCUCAAUCAGCGACUAACUGCUCUGUGAAUAACGGCGACUGUGACCAGGAGUGUAAGGAGAGCGAGGGCGGCCUGAGGAGGACCUGCAGCUGUGUCGACGGAUACAAGCUGCAAGACAACCACAGGGAAUGUGUCCCGAAAGGUGAAUCGUCCUGUGGUCGGCUGCUGAUCGGCAGGUCAUCGUACACCAAACCGAGGGACGGCCUGCUGCCAUGGAUGGUGGGGGGGGAAGUGGGCAAGAAGGGCGAGAGUCCGUGGCAGGUGCUAUUGCUGAAUGCUUAUGGGCGUUUUCACUGCGGAGGCGUCCUCAUCGAUGAGAGCUGGGUGCUGACAGCUGCUCACUGCCUCGAGAACAACCUGAAAUUCAGUGUACGAUUGGGCGACUACGAGCGCCUCAGAUCUGAAGGCAGCGAAGUGACUCUGAAGGUGGCAAAGACCUUCAGACACCCGAAUUACUACAACGGCCAAACGGUGGACAACGACAUCGCCCUGCUGCGCCUCGACUCCCCCGCCCCGUUUUCAGAGUUCAUCCUCCCCAUUUGCAUGCCGGGGAGAGAGAUGGCCGAGCGGGUGCUGCACCAAAAUGGAACCACCACCGUGGUGACCGGCUGGGGCAAAGAUGACAGCAACCGCUACAGCUCGGCACUCAACGUCAUCAAAGUGCCGCUGGUCACCCACAGCGUCUGCAGCAGCCACAUGUCCCACAACGUCUCUGACAACUUCCUGUGCGCCGGGAUACUCGGGCAGAGGAUGGACGCCUGCGAGGGGGACAGCGGCGGACCGAUGGUCACUCUGUACCGAAACACCUGGUUCCUGGUGGGUCUGGUGUCCUGGGGUGAGGGCUGCGCUAGGGAGGACAAGCUGGGCAUCUACACCAAGGUAUCCAACUACAAUGAGUGGAUCAACAGCGUUCGUGAAGAAUGGGACAAAACUCAUCAUCCACCAGAACCCCAGGGUGUCUAAACCCACCUCCACACCCAACAGCUCUCCCAGUUUGGUCUGUUAAACCCACAUAAAGGCCCUCAGUGCAGCAGAAAUGUGAUACACUUUGUUAAAUAAACUGAUUCAGUCUCAAGAGGUUUGCUUCCCAUUUUCACCACAGCUGAGUGUCAUUUAUUUUGAGCCACUUUAGUGAUGUUGUUUAAAACUUUGGUCCAGAGGGAAACAUCUCAACAACUACAGUCUGGAUUAGAAUUAAGUUUAGUUGACUUUUCCACCACUUUACAAAAGGAAUUCAGAUUUUUACGUUGAUUUCCAUGGUUUCUAAUUCGGUUAGAACUAUAUUUAUAUGACAUCAAACUUUCCUCUGUCCCCCUCUUAUAAAACAUCCUUCUUUAUCUAGCUGUGAAGAUCCACCAGUUUAUGUGUUUUGCUUCACUUGACCCCAACGACACACCAUUUUGUAGAAAUGAAGUUUAGUUCACUAUUUAGUGGAGCUGUUAACAACUCAUAGACAUCUGAAAUGUGAGCCCGACUACACACUGCUUUUUGGAAGACGUCAAAAGACAAAAAGGUUGGAAACCACCAAUGUGUUGUAUUUUAAAAGCUUGUUAUAUUAUCCAUUGUGUCAAAAUAUUAAUCUGAAAAGUAACUAAAGCUGUCAAAUAAAUGUAGUGGAGUAGAAAGUACAAUAUUUCCCUCUGAGAUGUAGAAAGUAGCAUCACCUGGAAAUGUACUAAGUAACUUUCCAGCACGGUCCAACAGCUUUUCCUGCUUUGACAAGUCCAAAAAUUGUCGGAUGUUUAGUUUGUUUAGUAAGAGAUCCAAGUUAUUACAAUUUAUCCUCUGGGGAACAUGAACGUCUGUAAAAAAGCAAACCAUCUCAUAGUUGCUGAGAUAUUUCAGUCUGGAUCAAAGAGGUCAUCCCUGUAGAAAUGUUGCUCUGUGCAUUACUGAUAUACAAGACUGUAUGCAUUCAAUUUGUGUUUAAUUAUCUUGAACAAGACAUGAGGCAUCCGUUGGCUUUUUCAGGCAUUUCUGUAUUAUUCAGCACCAAGUUGGAUAUGACGUGAAUGCUGCAUUAAUGGCUGGUUGGCGGUUUUCUAAUGUCCUAAAAAGUCAGUAAUUCCCACUGUUUUGAAGUCCUCAUAUGUCAUGAUAUGUUCACUGUCAGCAGUCAUAUUAAAGUCUCAUUAAAACAAA